AUGUCGCGAGUUCCUGAUUCCAGAAACGAGAUUAUAGGACUGCCUCAUCAUCGUUCCGGAGAUGACCAACGCAAUAAUGGAAGUCGUAUUGAUGACAUAUUAGCGAAACUCGAAAUUGAGGAGAAAAUUAAAGAGGGUGCUGAAAAUUUGCUGGAGGUUUUCGACAAAAGAAAGAUCAAAGGAGGCGAUAAAGAAGAGAUCAAAAAACAGGUCGAGAGUCAAUUGGAUGCUGCCAAUGCUAAAAUACAACUAUUACAACAACAAUUGGGAGAUCUUGGAGUCGGUGGCCAGGUAACUCGCGAUGGAAGGCGCUCGUUGGAGACUAGGAGGUCUAUAGAUGAUCUGCGACCAUUGACAAGAACAGGCGCCAGUCGUAGUACCUCAGAUAUCAAUGGUUAUGGUAAUGGGAAUGGUACUAGUGGUAUUGGUCGAAGUGAUACAGAAAUUGCAAUUCCUGAGGGGAUUGAAAUCGGUCCUGGUAGCGAUAGGUCCGGAUAUAGAGAAAACGGCCGAGGAAUUUCAGCAUCAGCGUCAUCUACAGGGACAAAAAAGGAUAGCAUAUUAGGAGUAAAUGGUGACUUAGAAAGUGAAGACCAUGCUGAUGCUGACGAAGAUCUGCGGUCUGGUCAAGAAAGUCCUACUUGGUCUUUAGAAGCUAUUCUUCAUUCCCUAGAUCCUUCUCAACCAUCAGAGUUUCUUGUUCAACGGUCCAACGACCUAGUGGAGCUGUUGCAGCGACACCCUGUGCUAAAAUAUGAUUUGGUCAUGAGUCGUGUGGGUGACAAGAUAAGAGUACUAUUAUUGCAUAAAAAGCCAGAAGUAAUCGCUUCUGGAUACCGACUCGCUCGUAAUGCCAUUACCGACAUGAGCUCAAUUAGAGACAUCCGAAGUUUACAUAUUGAUUUUAUGAUUGUCAGGACUAUGACAAAAGAUUCAAAAUCUCAGCUUGAACGUUUACAGGCUGUCCGACUAGUGAGAUCUUUUCUCGAUGUGCCUGGUGGCGUAGAUGAAAUAUCUAUUGGUGUCAUAAGAGCUCUAGUUGCGGUUAGUGAACAGAGUGAUGAUAAGUUAAGAUACAUUGCUAUCGAGACUUUGGGUGAGAUUUUUAUUAAAAAUCCUGAAAAAGUGUCUGCAAGCGGUGGUAUACGAGUCUUGCUUCAGAGCAUAAUAGAAGGGCCGUAUGAGCUCUCUGGCUCGCUGUCUAUGGCAUUUGCAUACGUGCUGGACUCUCCCAAAAAUAGAGGGUUUCUGAGAGGUGGCCGUGACUUGGAGUAUCUGAUAUCGGCCAUGACUGAAAGCCAGGUGAGGGGCCAUGUAAAUUUAGAGAGGCUACAAAAUGGUGCGAAGGUAAUCUCGUCUUUGCUUAGGACAUGGUCUGGGCUCUUUGCAACCUGCAUUGAUAAUUUCUACUGUCUAAAAUCACUGGUACUUUGUUUAGAAGUGCCUAUUCCAAGUUUGCGAGAUGUUUUGUUAGACAUAUUUCUAUCAAUUCUUUGUAUAAAGCCACUUUCUUGGUCGUCAUCAUUUCUAGCAGGAAGACGGUUAACGACAUUUGGCCGUAUCCCAGAUUUGGAGAAAGAACUUGCAAAUGGAGGCAAGUCUUUUCAAAGUUCCUUCUCUCAAUCUAGCGGCGGUGGGGGUACAUUCGCAGCUGGUGAUUAUAGUAGCAGAUACAUUGACCAUUACUCUGCGUUAUUACUAUCAAUACUGGUGGAGUGUAAUCUAAUUGAGUCGUUGGUCCAACUGUUACGGAGUAAUGAUGACGUUGCGAAUACUCGCAAAGCCACGCUUCUUUUAGGAGAGAUUCUAUCUAUGACUAGCAGGGUGUCGCCUCCUGCCACGUUAAGACGAAUUGGUGCGCUUCCAGGAUUGCUCGAGUCAGCUAUGGAUCAUAAGUCAGCAUUUAGCUCUGCCUCGUCAGCUGCUGUUUUCCAAAUUGAUAAAAUAUCUCGUAAUCUACACAAGGGCAGGCAGUCAACAAUUACAGGAAGAACGGGUCCUGUUAGCGAAGUCCCCAGUUUGCUGUCGUCAAAACGAAAAGCAGUGCGAGUGAAGAUGGGUGUUCAAAUCGAUGAUGCUUCAUUUAAACAGCUUAUUAUGGAAACUCAAGUUCUAAAUACCAAGACAUUCGUCAAAUGGAAUUGGGAUGCACUUUCUGAGUUGAUUCAGGGUCCACUGUUAAAUCCCAAACGUUUAGAUGAGGCUAUCAAAACUACUAAAUUCAUGAAGAGGUUGAUGUCUUUCUAUCGACCGUUUAAAUAUCGGUUUUCAGCAAUCAAGCGAACAAAACCCAAUCAAAAAUACAUCGAUGUGGGGAAAUCGUUGCUACUUACAUUGUUAUACAAUCCAGAAGGUGUGAGAUAUCUGACAGAAAACAAACUUCUUAGACAAAUUGCCGAAUGUCUGGCACAACUGGAUCCCAUGAGUGGUAUUACCUCUGCAGAGCCACUAUUUUCUCGCCAAAGAUUAGAAAAUACUUUGAGCCAUGGAUACUUUAUGCUUUUGGGAACACUCUCUUCGGAUCCCAAUGGCUUGGCUAUGAUGGAGCGAUGGCGUAUGUUCAAUAUGUUUUACCAUCUCAGUGAGAUUCCCGAUCGAGAGGAUCUAAUUAUUAGUUUCAUUGCAUCUAUGGACUACAAUUUAGUGGGGCACCCCCGAAUUAUUUUAUCGAAAGCACUUAGGACAGGCCAAUUGGAAGUGCGGUUGUUUGCUACGGGAUAUCUUCAAAACUUAAUGGGCACUGAAUCAGAGACCCAAAAAUGGGCUAUAGAAUUACUAGCCACUCAGUUGUAUGAUCCUUCUAUUGAGGUGUGUAAACUAGCUGUGCAGAUUCUUGAAAACUUUUGUUCAAUCAACGAAAAUCUUGAGCAUUUUGUUAAAAUGAAGCCAUCGUUUGAUCAUCUUGGAGAUAUUGGUACACCUUUGCUACUUCGGUUUUUGUCUACAUCGCGAGGAUUUCAAUACCUUAAAGAGCUUGAUUAUGUCCACAAUGAAAUGGACAAUUGGGUCCAUGGUCAAAACGAUGCAUUUGUCCUCCAAAUUGAAGAAUAUCUUGAAAAUGCUAAUAAUCUCUGGAUUCACGAUAAAUUUGGAUUAUCAUCAACCGCUACUGCCACUGGACUUCUUGCUCGCGAUGAUGGAACCGGCGUAGGUGAAAACAAACCACCACGCCAUUUCUUUGGCGAACUCACCAUAACGGAAGAGGGGUGUCAUCUAUUGCAGUCCAAGGGCCAUUUUGAUGUCUUUGCAGAAUACAUAGAUCAGCACAAAUUUGAAGAGGAGGACGGUGAAAUCCUCACCAAACUCAAAGGAUGCAUGUGGGCUGUUGCCCAUAUCGGCUCUAACCCACGAGGCGUUCCAUUUUUGGAAGAGUCUGGAGUAGUGGAAAAUAUGAUUAAGAUAUUUGAGUCGUCACAACUGUAUAGUCUUCGAGGAACAGCAUUUUUUUGUCUCGGGCUUGUUUCUUUGACCUAUGAGGGUGUGGAGAUCCUAGAUGAGAUGGGGUGGGCUUGUGUGCGAGAUAUUAUGGAUGAACCUUGUGGGAUUUGCAUACCAAAAAGUCUACAAUCUUCUUUUGAUGAAUCAAGUAAAGUAGUAACAGACGCUCCCGUUACCACCUAUCAAUCCCCAUCGUCUUCAUCGGAGAGCCUUGACACAACAGUAAAAGAGUCACUUCCUCAAACGAGCGAGACAAUCAAAAAUGAAAAAACAUCCAACUCGACCUCUCAAGACGACGAGACAGAGUUUCCCAUGGUCUACUCAGACCCGAUCAAACGAAGAAUUAUCACUGCAUUAUCGAAUCUCAGCAACCAGAUUCUAGCUAAUGACGCUUCUAAACAGCUGGUACGUCUGGAGGCUAAAUAUGGUAGCAGGUUUCAGUCCAUCGACCUGUUUCUGGAUACUAUGAAACUGCUAGAGACCUACCACUAUAAGCUUCCAGUUCGGCGGUUCAUUUUUGAGCUAUUUGAUACAACAACCUUGAUGGAACGCAUGGCCCGUAAGCAAAAAGAACAACAGCGGCGGGCUCGUCAUCUCAGUGACACGACGAAACGAGAAUAA